AUGAAGCAAUCACCAGCACAGCUUCUCACUGUCCUUACAGCUUUCUUUACUGCGGCCGAGGCAGCCACCCUCCCGCCUCGAGAUAAAGGCACCUGCAAAAAGACCAAGGUUGCAAUUCUCGGAGCUGGUGUUGCCGGUAUCGCCGCAGCCCAGAACCUGACCCAAGCCAAAAUCACCGACUUCCUUAUCGUCGAGCAUAAUGACUAUAUCGGAGGUCGCCUGCGAAGUCAGCAAUUUGGCCGAAAUGCCAAAACUGGCAAGCCAUACACCAUCGAGCUAGGAGCCAAUUGGGUCGAAGGCAUCGGAUCGCUCGAGACGCACGAGAACCCCAUCUGGAAAUUGGCGCAGAAGCACGGUUUGAAAACAACUUAUGCCGACUACGAUGCCCUCAAGACGUUUGACCACGAGGGCGCCAAGAACUGGACCGACAAAAUCGCCGAGCUUGAUGAAGCUUUUGAGAAUGCGUCGGGCGAGUCCGGUGAAAUCUUACUGGAUAACCUACAGGACUUGUCUGCUCGAGCUGGUCUUCGUACUGGAGGCUGGAGACCCGAUAAGAACGAUAUGUAUGCCCAGGCAGCAGAUUGGUGGGGAUGGGACUUUGAGGCUGCCUGGACGCCUGAUGAGAGCGGUCUUGUUUUUGGCGUCGCUGGAGACAACGCCACCUUUGGUUAUUUCAGCGAUAUCAGUAACCUAGUUAUUGACCAGCGCGGUUAUAACUAUUUCCUUAAGCAGGAAGCUAAAACUUUUCUCAAGGAGAACGACCCACGACUCCUGCUGAAGACUACGGUUGAGGGUAUUGAGUAUAACAAGAAGGGUGUCAAGGUUACAACCAAGGAUGGCGGCUGCAUUGAAGCUAGCUAUGCUAUCUGUACUUUUUCCCUUGGUGUAUUGCAGAAGGACGUUGUCGAGUUUAAACCCAAGUUGCCUCAUUGGAAGCAGAGCGCUAUCGACCAAUUCGCGAUGGGUACAUAUACCAAGAUCUUCAUGCAAUUCAAUGAGUCAUUCUGGGAUACCGAUGCUCAGUAUCAGCUCUAUGCCGAUCCCAUUGAGCGUGGGCGUUAUCCUCUGUUUCAACCGCUCAAUGGAAAAGGUUUCCUCGAAGGAUCUAACAUCAUCUUCGCAACGGUCACCGGCGAACAGGCCUACCAAGUCGAGAGACAAACAGACGAGGAGACUGAGGCGCAGGUCGUGGAGGUUUUGCAGUCCAUGUAUCCUGAUAAGAAGGUCCACAAGCCUACAGCAUUUUCCUACCCUCGCUGGAGCACCGAACCCUGGGCGUAUGGAUCAUAUAGCAACUGGCCUGUAGGCAUGACUCUCGAGAAGCACCAAAAUAUACGUGCUAAUGUCCAACGCCUCUGGUUUGCCGGCGAGGCUUGUUCGACUGAAUUCUUUGGUUUUGUCCAUGGUGGCUAUACCGAGGGUCGUGAGAUUGGACAUAGAAUCGGAAAGAUUAUUAAUGGAGAGGCUGGCGACGAUGAAUUUGACAUGGAGAGGUAUGAAGUUCUGCACGGAACCACUCACAAGGACGAGUAUAACGAUGAGAACGGCUGGCUGUUUCCCUACGAUGUUGACGGUGACAACUGA